UGCAAAAAAAAAACAAUAACGAAUCAGAUUAAACUUUUUUUCUUGUUGUUGACAUAUGAUCAAAAGUUGUCUUUCGUUGUUUGCAAAACAAAGCUUUUACUUAAAAUAUGGAUGAAUAUGAUGCCUCAGAUAGAGACAUCUUAAAGAAUUUGGACUUGGCAAUCAUUCGAGAGAUUUAUGAUGGAGAAAAUGCACAUGAAGCCUUUGAAAAUGAAUUGGAAAGAGCUCUGGAAACUAAAAACACAUAUAUUGUCAUAGAACCUACCAAACUUGGAGAAGAAACUGCCCGUUGGAUCUCGGUUGGAAAUGGUCUUCACAAAACUGCAGUUCUCACUGGUUUUGGCUCCAUUCUUUCAAGCUUAGUGUGGCCAGAUAAAAUAUACAUCAGCUUUCCUUUGAGUGGAAUUAGCUUUUUUUGCGCUGGAUUGUAUGCUGUCUCAUGGCAAAGUGAUCCUUGUUGUAAAUACCAAGUAGAAACUGAUCCUAGGAAUAUUGAAAAGAUGCCACUGGCAGCACUAACUUCUUCAUCAUCUCCUGUAGUUUUGGUACGAAAAGAUGACACCCGCAGGAUAGUGUUACAUACUGCUAUAACAUUGCUAGCUGUUGCAUUCUGUGCAUUUAGAAUAUAUAAAUCUUUUAAAGCAGUGUAGUAAUAUAUUUUUUAACCAAACAAUUUCAACUACUAGUAGUCUAUUUUGAAGUUUUAUGGAUUAAUAACAAAAGAAUCUAAACUCAUAUGUGAUGAUAAAACUAUAAAUUAUGACAAAGAAACUUGGAGAUUAAUACAUAUAUAUAUACUGUCCAAAGAUGAUGUUUUAGAUCUUCAUGCAGACGAUGUACAUCUUUUAUGAAUGUACUAUGCAUUUAUUUUGUUCACUUAAUUUUCUUUUGACAAACUUGUAACUGCAGUUAUAAAAAUGUGCAAAAUAAUACAGAAUAUUGUUUUGUUUUGAAAUUAAAAAUAAAAUUCUUUAAUUAAGUUGACAAGUUUUGAAUUAAAUAUUAGUAAUGCAUUAAAUUCAUGAUAAUAAUUAAUUUGAAUUUGUAGUUCCUAUAAUUUAUAUUUUAAUAAUGUAUACAGA